CGGGCCGCGGGCUGGGGGCGGGGAGGGCGUGCCGCGCCGCGGGGAGUCGCCGGCUGGCCCAGGUGACCUUGGGCAGGCCACGUGGUCGCACCACUCGCCUUUCCUUAGACCCCAGUAAGGGACGGAGGGGAAACCCAAGCUUGCCGGAUGCCGGCGGCCACAGUUGUUACUGUGUGUCACCCCUGCCCCAGGCCUGGCUAGGGAGGGUCGCCACAAGGUCACCCUCAGAUCGCCCUGAGAAGCAGUGCCCCCUCGCAAGUCUGUGCACUCUGCUGCCUAGGCUGUUGCUGAGCAUCAGGUUGGAGAGGAAGAGGUCCCAGGAGGCCCCAGCCUCCCCACCUCGGUACGCUCAGCCAGUCAGAGAGCGAGACUUCUGGGCUGUGGGAAGCCUGGGUGGACCGGAAGUAACACAGACCCCGCCUCCAGGCCGUGUCUAUAGAAAUAUGAUGGGAGUCACACAGGCAAUUUACAAUUUUCUAGUAGCCGCAUUAAAAAAGUCUUUUGUUCAAAGAUUUCUUCAGUGGAUGGAAUUAUUGGAUCCUACAAAUCUGGUCCUUUCAAUUGAAAAAAUAGAAAAAUCGAGGCAACUAUUGUUAACAAAUCAAGAUGCAUCCAGACAUGACGUGGAGGACCAAAGGAUACAAGAAGCUUGGAAGAGAAGUCUGUCCACCGUGCAUCCUGACAGCAGCAAACUGAUCCCCGUUCCUUUUCGACCUGCAGCUUUCCUGCCUUUCACGGCGCCCAUGGUAUUUUUGUCGCUGCUGUCAGUAAAAAAUCUGAAGUCCAUGAUUUUACCUCAGGUUUCUUUCUAUACCUACACCACGGCGUUCAACAUCAUCAACGGAAAUGCAAGUUACAAUCGGCAGCCGUAUGAGAGUAUAUUACUAGGAACAGGAGUAAUUGCUUCUUCAACCUUUUUUGGAUUACUCCCUCGUUUCCUCCAGUUGAGGUUUUCGCUGAAUAACAUCUUGACGAGAAAGGCCCUGCCCGUCGUCUUUCUCACCCAGGUCAGUGCAGUGAAUGUUAUUGCAUCCCGAAGCUUUGAGCCCUCGCGAGGGAUUGAGGUCAUGGACAAGGAAGGCAAUGUCAUAGGCUAUUCCAGAAAAGCCGGGACAAAGGCUGUGAAGGAUACAGCCACAUCCAGAGCAGUGCUGUUUGGGACCUCAGCUUUUAUCCCCGAAGUCUUCUCCUAUUUUUUUAAAAGGACCCAGUUUUUCCAGCAGUAUCCAUGGUCACUGUGGACCUUAAAGCUGUCUUGUACCAUCUUGGUGAUGGGGCUCAUGGUGCCAGUCUCCUUUAGUAUAUUCCCGCAAACCGGACAGAUACAGUGCAGUAUGCUGGAGAAGGAAAUUCAGUCUGCAACGCAAGAACCAGAGCUCUUCUAUAACAGAGGGGUGUAGGGGGCAGUGGAAGGUGGAUUUCUUUGGUUCCUGCUUGAAAACCCGCUUCACAAGGUUUCCGUUUCGAGAGCUCUGCCAGAGGCCUUCUGGACCCCGGGGGUGUCUGCACCCGCGGGACGGCGUCUACCUACCAGGACCAUCUCGAGGCCGGCGUGCCUGGGAUUGGGAAGCUGGAUGAAAGAAGGAAAUGGGAGGCUGUCCUGUCUGACUCACCCCACGGGGUUGCUCAGGGGAUGGGUGGUGUAUGAUUCCAUUUUCUAUUUGCUCGUCAGCCUGUGAGAGGAUUCUGUGAAAUUACUAAUAAACUUGUCUAAAGUUGA